GCCUCUAAAGAGGAGGGAAGGGAGAAGGGCCAAAACAUUUUUUGUAUUGCUACAUACAUAUUUUAAUGAAAAUCAUCGCAUCGAAUGCAGUUAUUUUAUUACUUUAAAGUGCUCAAAUUUGAUUAUCAGGGGCACGUAUAUAGAAAUAACCAUUUUAGAAAAACGUUCUUAUUCCAUACAUGCACAGGUUGUUCAAAGGGGUAAAAAAAACAUAGUCACAAAAAUUAGUAUAACACAAGAUGAAUUCAUCUUCCGAGCUAGCCGAUAUCACGGCAAGUACAAAAAAGAGCAAAGUGUCAUCUUCCCUAAGUCAGAGAGGGGUUUUAUAUUUUUCAUCUGUGCCUCGAGAUAUGCGGCCGCCUGAAGUUCGUCUCCAUUUCAACCGCUUUGGCAAAAUUUUACGCAUGAAAUUUGUUCCCUAUCCAAAAAAGGAGCGCCGCCCUGGCGGCCCGCUCUUGCCCUUGCAGUACAAGGAAGGGUGGAUGGAGUUCGCGUCUUCGGAGGACGCCAAGUUCGCGGCAGCCACCAUGAAUGGCAACCCCGUAGAAUGCAAACGCCAGCGACGCUGCUAUGGUCAGUUGUGGAUGGUGAAGUAUCUCGAUAAUUUCUAUUGGGAUACUCUUUUGGAGGAACAAGAGGGCCACCGGAGGAUGCGUCGGGCCGCCGAAGUUGAAGCUCAGCAGGUAGAACGUGAGGUCAAUGAGGCGUAUCGUCGACUUGUCUACUCAUCGGGCUCUCCAACAUCAUUAUCAUUGACACGCAAUGGCAGCAAGCAUUCAAAAAGACCUCGUGAGGCCCCUGUGAAGGGAGAGAAAAUCGUUGAUAUGCAGAAGCGCAUAAAAAGAGCGGUGUAAUAUCGCGGUGAGUGAAACAUAUACAAUGGUGAAGCAUUCAGUGAAAACAAAAGUUGUGUAAUGCAUAGUGAUGGGUACUUUGACUAGUGAAGACAAAAUGAUCUGCAUCAAAAGAAAUCCCAUUAGUAGAUAAGACAUGAGGGAUCUGCUAACAAACAGGCACAACGUCGGCAGAUGAAAUGAUCUAGUGAUAAAGAAUCUGUGAAAAGCUUAGUUGACAAGAGGAAAAAGACUCUGAUGGAAUGCUCCAGAUUUAGUGCAUAGGUUAAUCAUUUAUAUGCAAUGAAUGCCAAUACAAGUAUAACCCUAACAUGUUCGGAUUAAUCCAUUUUAAAACAAGUAUUCAUAUAUAAGAACACGAUAAUAAAGACAAAAAAUACAAAUACAAUAUAAACUGAAAAUUUUGGGUAACCGGCAUGAUACA